CGGCGGCCAGCGGGGACACCCGUGCUGGGGGCUGCCAACGCGGAGGUGACACCAUGGUGCUGUCCGCCGCCGACAAGACCAACGUGAAGGGCAUCUUCUCCAAAAUUGGCGGCAAUGCCGACGAGUAUGGCGCCCAGACCCUGGAGAGGAUGUUUAUCACCUACCCCCAGACCAAGACCUACUUCCCCCACUUCGACCUGUCCCAUGGCUCCGCUCAGAUCAAGGCGCAUGGCAAGAAGGUGGCGGGUGCACUGAUCGAGGCUGUCAACCACAUCGAUGACAUCGCAGGAACCCUCUCCAAGCUCAGCGACCUCCACGCCCAAAAGCUCCGCGUGGACCCUGUCAACUUCAAACUGCUGGGCCAAAGCUUCCUGGUGGUGGUGGCCAUCCACCAUCCCUCUCUCCUCACCCCGGAGGUCCACGCUUCCCUGGACAAGUUCCUGUGCGCUGUGGGCAACGUGCUGACUGCCAAGUACCGUUAAGAUGGCACCAUGGCUAGAGCUGGGCCCAACACACUGCCAGCCCUCUGACAGCAAGCAGCCAAAUGAUCUGAAAUAAAAUCUGUUCCAUUUGUGCUCCA